CCAGCAAAAAUGUCUUUGUUUUUUCAGAAAUAUCCACUGAAAAGCUUGGGAUGUAUAGUUUUCAGAUAACUGGUUUUUUUUCCUUAACUGUCUCCUCUUUGAUUAUAAAUGCUGUUUGAUUGGUCACCUAAGUCACAUGAUAAUGUUUCUGCUCUCCAAUUGGAUGACUGAAGCAAUUUAAACAGGAGAAUAAUGAAUAACAAGCAUUGCUAUUUAGUAUAAAUUUUCAAAUAUAUAAUUAUUUGGGCUAAAAUUCAAAAAAAGUUUAGUACUCACAGCUGUUUUCACCAAUACCUGGUAGCUGUCUGGAUACUAAGUUGCAAAUAAUGAAUGAUAUGACCCCAUGAAUCUAGUGAACCAACUCAGCUUCUAGUCACAAACAGAUUUGCAAAGCACUUUAUAUGCUGUUUGAACAGCUUUGAUUAGCAUGUUAGCCUGCUGACUCUCUAGAGUCUGAAUUGGUAAAUGCUCCCUCUGCUGUUUUCUCGAAUUCUCCCCUCAGUCUGCAAUCACUGGCAUCUUGGCAGGAACACAGGUGCUUAGUGCAGGGAUUAAAAACUACUUCACAAGAUUACAUCUAUUUUCCUCUCUGAUGGUUUUGCCAUUGCAGCAUUUUGUUCAAAAAGAUGAACCUAGGGCCUUCUGAAGGACCUCGGUCUAACCCCACAGCACACACCCAAGACUUGUAGGCUGAGAAGCAAAUGUAACUCCUCAAUUCUUUAGGAUCAGAUUCCUAUCUGGACCCCCCAGACAGCUCUAGUCUAAACCAACCAAUUACUGAGGCAUGUAGAUAACAUUUCUCAAAGCUUUCUCUAACUUUGGCACCCAGAGUUUGUUUGGGUAAAACAAUAAACGUAUUAGACCUACCUGGCUGAUGGAGGGUUUUUGCUUCCUCCUGAAACCUUUUGUUUGUAACGGGGAUUCGAAAGCUCAGCACUUGUGGAAUCUUCUGUGACUGCACAAAGAGGGGCUGUGGCAUGGACAAGCAGGCAGGCAGAAGGAAGAAAAAAGCUACAACUACAGACAAACAGGCUUCCAUUCAGCUUGAGUUCCAGCUUUGUCUCUGUUGUUUACCAGGGACCACACCCUGUUUGGAACUAUACAGCACAUAGGACCAUCUAGUGGCUGAAUGAUUUACUAAGAAUCCGCUUAGAACAGGUAUGCCUGUUUGACUGUCAUGGUUGUGGAUGAUGGAAAAGCAACCGUCAAACAACAGUAUCCUCCAUCGGUUUAUUAAUAGCCAGGAGCAGACAUAUGAAGAAUUUCUCAGCAUGUUCACUUAUCUUUGGAAAGAAGAGGUGAAAAUGAAAAGCCAAGUAUCUGAAAUGGAUUCCAUAGAAAAUACAUUUUCGAUGCUUGAGUUGUCAAACCAAAAUAAACAGAAUGUCUCUCCUGUAAGAAACAAAGAGCCAUCAGUGUCUCUCUCAUCACAGACUUUUGAUGAAGACCAGAUAAUGAUGGGUAAAGGCUGGAAAGUUGGCUGCUCUAACCAAGGUGACCUCAGUCUGGCAAGAAGAGUGAAGGUGGGCAAUUACUUGGAUUUGGAAGAUUUUGACACAGAUGAUGAAUUUGGUCAAGGGACAUAUAGUGCAGGGUCAUUAGUGCUUCCAGGAGAGGUGGAACAGACAGCGACUUACUAUACACCUUUCUUUGAUCAGCCUACUAAUCUGGAGUUCGGGACCUUGCCAAUUACACGACCAUCAAUCAGCAAAACACAAGAGCUAUGUGGGGAUGAAGUUCAGCUGUUCUCCCUUGAUGAAGAAUUUGACUAUGACAGUGUGGCAUUGACCCCCAAGUUCUCUGAGGCUGAGAUGAAAGCCAUUAUAAACUUGUCUGUACAGAAAAAAGUAAGGCUUGGCCUCAAGUCACCAGGAUGUGAAGACUGAAGCUGACGUACCUUGCUGGGCAUUCUGUUAUUCAGCUGGAAAAAUAUUUUUAAGGGGAAAAUCCAGCUCCUUCUUCUGCCAUCAUAGAGGGGCUCUUUUGCAAUAGAGCCAGUGUGGGCCUGUCAUAGAACCUGUGGGAUGUUCAUAUACCCUGUGCAGCAUGGGGCUGAAGUAGCCUCUACGUAGUAUUAUUAUUCAUUAUUUGUAUUACUGUAGUGCUUAGGAGCCCUAAUCAUAGAUCAGGACCCCAUUGUACUAGGUGCUGUUCAAACACAGAACAAACAGAUGGUCCUUGCUCCAAAGAGCGUACAGUCUAAGCAUAGCAGCUCCACAGCCUGGAGGGUAGAUUCCUCUCUCUCUGCCCCCUUUACAUAUCCCUAGAACCACUUUCCUAGGUACUCAUACUGGAUGCUCUGAUCUGGAUUUGUUCCUAUAUGCAUACAAUUCCUACAUAGAUCAGUGGGUUUUGAAAGACUUAAGCCCUGGUUCUCAGCCCCAGUUCCACUUGCUUUGUUGUUCUCUGGCAGCACAAAGCAACAGGAAUGGUGCCUUAAAAGGCAGCUAGGAAUUCCUGGGGUGAAGAAAAAUCCUUGAGUAGCAUAUAAUGCUCACAGUGCUAGAAUAAUGACUCCUUAGCGGGUCAGUAUAAGCUGGUGUAAAUUAGAGCAGCUCUAUGGCUGCUCCAACUACAUUUUGUGCUGGCUUCAGCUCCCAACCAGCCCAGUGCUGUCUCAGAGCCGUUUUUGCCUGGCUCCCUCAGGAGUGUAAACACGAGCUUGUGGCAACUGAGCAUUCAGCCUUUAGUCUCUUUUUCUAGCAUUAUAAAGUGUAAAGAUACAGAACUGUAGACCAAUGAUCCAACCCAGGAAGAAUUUUGAGACCUGUGUGAUUUCAGUUCUUCAGACUAGUAAUAUUCCUAUUUUUUCAGUGUUUUUUCCUAACCUGAGUUUGAAUUAAGUGUGUAUAAUUCCUGAAAAAUCACAGUAAUGUCUCUUUUUUUUGGUCACAAAAAAGUCUUCAGGGCAGGAGAAGCAGAAAAGCAGUGAUUUCACCCAUUACCUAACUUGACGAAUAAAAUUUAGUCUGUAAAUA